AGUUUCGCGUUUAGAAGGAUGUUUCCGCGAGGAAAAAAAAUGGCCCGAAUUACCGCCGUGAAGGAAUAUCUCGAGAAGACGUUGAGGGACGAGAGCAAGUCAUGGACAAAGAUGUUCGUCUUCGCGGAGGCGAAGACCGGCAUCGAUCGGCUGUACAUUUUUGUCGGAUUAUUGAUGCUGCUGGCUUUAUACUUGGUGUUUGGAUUGGGACAACAGCUAGUGUGUAAUAUAAUCGGUUUUGUUUAUCCCGCAUACCAAUCUAUGAAGGCCUUGGAAAGCCCCAAGAAAGAGGACGACACAAAAUGGCUUACUUAUUGGGUCGUUUUUGCCGUAUUUACUAUAAUAGAAUUCUUUUCUGAAUAUAUCGUCUGCUGGUUUCCGAUUUACUGGCUGUUCAAGUGUAUAUUCUAUGUAUGGUUGAUGGCGCCAACCGAGUACAACGGUUCCUUGAUUCUAUAUCGCCGAGUCAUCCGUCCAACGUUUAUACAGUAUCAACCUGGAUUAGACAGACUGUUGUCCAAUGCACGUGAUACAGCAGUCAAGACUGCAGCGGAAGCAUUGCUGACCAACAAGCAAGAUUAAUGAAGCUGUAAAUCGAACAUAAUAGAAAGUCCAUUUGUGUCUUUCCCUUUACUCAUUCCUAGCAGAGAAAGAGAGAGAGAGCGUGGU